UUGACUACAGGAUCUAUCCCAGACAUUAGAUACACAUGAACAUUUAAGUUCAACCAAACUAAAUGUGACCAGAACCAAUCCUCUAGAUGGUACCAGAAGGUCGAUUCGGAGACCCAGUUUCAACCCAACAGCAAAGUUGUCAGUACACUUUGCAGAUGACUUUGGUACAUCAGAAGGUGCUGUAGACCAAGGCGGCCCUACAAGAGAGCUUUUUGCUUUUGAAGCAGAUUUCUGAGUUGCCAAUGUUUAGUGGUUCAGUCACCUCAGGCAAAUUAGUGGCUUUGGAUGCAGCAGCCUAAAGGAUGGAUUAAACCAUGAUGUUGGAGUUUUACUAGCUAUGGCAGUAGUACAUUGUGGGCAGUUUCCAAAAUUUAUGAGCCAAACCGCAUACAACUCGCUGUUAAAAGACGACAUACCCAUAAGUGUAAUGGACAUUCCUGAUAGUGUACAGAGGACAAAAGUUCAGCAGCUCCUUGAAGCCACCUCCUGUGACGCUAUUCAAGAAAUGAUGCAUGAGAAUUAUGUAUUAUUUGAGUUAGCUGGUUGCUACAAACCAGCUACAACCUUUAGUGAAAGUUCAAGGAAUAAACUGGUAGAUGAUGUGGUCAGGUUUAUUGUUAUUGGGAGGAAUCUUCCACCUAUUCAACAACUGAGGCAAGGUCUUCAGACAUUUGGUCUUUUAGACCUGAUGAAAGAUCACAGUACACAAUUCAAUGCGGGUUUUCUGCCAGGUCAGACAACAAAUUUGACAGCAGAGCAGGUGGAAGCUGUCUUCAGUAAAAUUGAAUACUCAGAAAUAUGGAGCAACAAAAGGAGAGAGGAAGAAUGCACCAUUGCAUACUGGAGAGAUUAUCUGAUUGAUAUAGAGGAACGAAAUGUUGGAGUGACAUUCGAAGACGUGUUAGUGUUUGCGACUGGAGGCAACAAGGUGUUGUAUUUGGGAUUUUCACCAGACCCAUCAGUAGAGUUUGUCUAUGACAGUGGUGAAAAGAAUUUUCCACUGGCAAACACGUGUUCAAUGGUCCUACGGCUUCCAACAGUUAACAGCUAUGAACAAUUCAAGAACAUGGACUUUGGAAUAUUAAACCUUUGA